AUUUCCCACGUCAACACCCCUCCUCUGCCACCUGAUUUAAGCCACUCCACUUUCUCUCCUCUUUUUCUCGUCAACCAAACAGGAAAAAAACAUAAAUCAAUAUCAGCUUCAAGUUCAUACCACUUCUCUCUCUAGGAAAUGCAAUUAAUCUUCUGACGGAUUGAUUCCUUCCUUCCUUCCUUCCUUUCUUGAUCGAGUGACAAGAAUAAACUCGUGAUCAAAAUGAGUUUAUUAAAAUUAGGGUUACGGUUAGUAUUAUUAUUAUUAUUAAAUUCAAUUCCAUCAGAAUCAGCUGUUUCGAGCAUAGAUCUAGGUUCGGAAUGGAUAAAAGUAGCGGUAGUAAACCUAAAACCAGGCCAAACCCCAAUUUCUAUAGCAAUUAACGAAAUGUCGAAGAGAAAAACCCCAGCUUUAGUUGCAUUCCAAUCUGGAACUCGGCUUUUAGGCGAAGAAGCAUUGGGGAUUGCUGCGCGGUAUCCAGAUAAAGUGUAUUCACAUUUGCGAGAUAUGUUAGGGAAAUCGUUUGAGAAAGUUAAGGGAUUUCUGGAAGCAAUGUAUUUGCCGUAUGAUGUGGUGAAGGAUUCGAGAGGGGCAGUUGCGUUUAGGGUUGAGGAUGAGGAUAAGGGUGGGAAUGUGGGGUUGUAUUCGGUGGAGGAGUUGUUGGGGAUGAUUUUGGGUUUUGCAGGGGAUUUGGCGGAGUUUCAUUCUAAGGUCGUGGUUAAGGAUGCAGUGGUUGGGGUGCCGGCAUAUUUUGGGCAGGCGGAGAGGAGGGGUUUGGUUCAGGCGGCGCAAUUGGCGGGGAUUAAUGUGCUUGCUUUGAUUAAUGAGCAUUCUGGUGCUGCAUUGCAAUAUGGGAUUGAUAAGGAUUUUUCUAAUGGGUCGCGGUAUGUUGUGUUUUAUGACAUGGGUGCGAGUAGCACUUAUGCUGCACUUGUUUACUUCUCAGCGUAUAAUGCCAAGGAGUUUGGAAAGACUGUGUCUGUUAAUCAAUUUCAGGUUAAGGAUGUCAGAUGGGACCCAGAACUUGGAGGUCAGACUAUGGAAUCAAGGUUGGUGGAGUACUUUGCUGAUGAGUUUAAUAAACAAGUUGGAAAUGGGUUUGAUGUGAGGAAGUUUCCCAAGGCAAUGGCUAAAUUGAAGAAACAAGUCAAACGGACGAAAGAAAUCUUGAGUGCAAACACUGCGGCCCCAAUAUCAGUUGAAUCCCUCUAUGAUGAUCGGGACUUCAGGAGCACCAUAACACGUGAGAAGUUUGAAGAGCUCUGUGCAGAUCUGUGGGACAGAUCUAUUGUACCUCUCAAGGAAGUUCUGAAGCAUUCAGGUUUAAACUUGGACGAGUUAUAUGCAGUAGAGCUUAUAGGAGGUGCUACCAGAGUCCCUAAGUUGCAGGCUAAGCUCCAGGAAUUUCUUGGAAAGAAUGAGCUGGACAAACAUCUAGAUGCCGAUGAAGCUGUAGUUCUUGGUUCAUCUCUACAUGCUGCAAAUUUGAGUGAUGGAAUCAAACUGAAUCGCAAGCUAGGAAUGGUUGAUGGUUCAUCAUAUGGAUUGGUAGUUGAAUUAGACGGACCUGAUCUGCUGAAAGAUGAGAGCACCAGGCAAUUACUUGUUCCAAGGAUGAGAAAACUCCCCAGUAAGAUGUUCAGAUCCAUCAUUCAUACAAAAGAUUUUGAAGUUUCACUGUCAUAUGAGCCUGAUCUUUUACCACCUGGUGUUACCUCCCCUGUAUUUUCUCAGUAUUCUGUGUCUGGUCUAGCAGAUGCAAGUGAGAAGUAUUCCUCACGGAAUUUGUCAUCCCCCAUCAAGGCAAAUCUGCAUUUCUCUCUUAGCAGAAAUGGAAUUCUUUCUUUGGAUCGAGCAGAUGCUGUUAUUGAAAUAUCAGAAUGGGUAGAAGUUCCUAAAAAGAACCUGACUGUGGAAAACACAACCACCACAUCUCCAAAUAUAACACUUGAAACUGACACUAAGAACACUACAGAAGAAAGUGAUGAAAAGUCGAAUUCUGAUGGUGUGACUGACAACACAUCCAUCAACAUUACUGAAGAACCAAGUACUACUGAGCCCAUUACAGAGAAGAAGCUGAAAAAACGGACUUUUAGGGUUCCCCUGAAGAUUGUUGAGAAGACAGUGGGACCUGGAAUGCCUCUGUCCGAAGAAUAUCUAGCUCAAGCUAAAAGAAAAUUAGAAGAAUUGAACAAAAAGGAUGCAGAGCGAAGAAGAACUGCCGAGUUGAAAAAUAAUUUGGAAGGAUAUAUAUAUUCUACUAAAGAAAAGCUUGAGACAACUGAAGAGUUUGAGAAAAUUUCUACUGAUGAUGAACGGAAAUCCUUCAUUGAAAAGCUUGAUGAGGUCCAAGAGUGGCUAUACACAGACGGUGAAGAUGCCACAGCAAAAGAGUUUCAGGAACGCCUAGAUUCACUAAAAGCUUUUGGUGACCCAAUAUUUUUCAGGUAUAAAGAACUUUCAGCAAGACCAACAGCAAUAGAGUUAGCUCGAAAGUACAUUGGUGAGCUGCAACAGAUUGUACAGGGCUGGGAGACAAAGAAACCUUGGCUUCCGAAGGACAGAGUAGAUGAGGUGGUGAGUGAUGCUGACAAGUUAAAGAGUUGGCUGGAUGAAAAGGAGGCUGAACAGAAGAAGGCUUCAGGAUUCAGCACACCAGUACUGACAUCUGAAGAAAUAUAUUCGAAGGUGUUGAAUCUGCAAGACAAGGUUGCCAGUGUUAACAGAAUUCCCAAGCCAAAGCCAAAAAUUGAGAAGCCUAAGAACAAAACUGAGACCAGCGGAGACAACACGAACAGUGCUGACUCAACUUCUGGGGAGACUCCUGAAAAGGAGAAACAAACAACAGAUUCAGAUGGUUCGGCCGAAGAAAAAAUCAACCCAGAGGGAUCAGCUGAUGAAAAAGCCAACCCAGAACCUGAAGUUCACGAUGAGUUGUGAUGAUUAAACUGAAACGACUCUCAGGACCAUUGUAGACUACAUGCCUUCUGAGUUUAAAACAUGGAGGCGCUCUCAUAGGAAAAGAAAAGAUGGGGGGGUGGGGAGUACUGCUAUUUUAAUCGGCAGAAGAACACAUUAGACCCUAUUUUUCCAGGACGGCUGCUUAUUUAUCAUCCUUGAGAUUCAUGAUUGUCCUGGCUGACCAUCUUUUGAUGCUGAAAGAACCAUAUAGAAAGAACUCCCCUUUUCUUUGUUAAUUGUAGCACUCGUAAGAUUAUACCCACUGAAAUUAAGGGGCAUUUACUGAAUUACCAGUUUACCCCUCUGGGAGUUUUGAUCA